UUUAAUUUUUUUUUUUUUUUUUUUACUCGGAUAAACGAACGUAAAGAAAAAUCCAGUUUAUGGUCCUGGCUGAAGAAUUCACCAUGUCUCGCACCGACGAGGUUAACCGCAUGACGGAAAAUGUUUAUAAGACCAUCAUGGAGCAGUUCAACCCCUGUUUACGGAACUUUGUUGCCAUGGGGAAGAACUACGAGAAGGCCCUUGCCAAUGUGACAUUUGCUGCAAAAGGCUACUUUGAUGCCUUGGUCAGAAUGGGUGAACUGGCCAGUGAAAGUCAAGGAUCCAAAGAUUUGGGGGAUGUGCUGUUCCAGAUGGCUGAGGUCCACAGACAGAUCCAAGUGCAGCUAGAGGAGAUGCUGAAGUCUUUUCACAAUGAACUGCUCUCGGAGCUUGAGAAGAAGGUGGAGCUGGAUGCUCGAUAUUUGACUGCUGCCUUGAAGAAAUACCAAAUGGAAAACAAGAACAAAGGGGAGAGCCUAGAAAAGUGCCAGGGGGAACUAAAGAAGCUGCGAAGGAAGAGCCAAGGCAGCAAAAACCCUUCAAAGUAUGGAGACAAGGAGAUGCAGUUUGUGGAGACGAUCAGCAACAAGCAGACAGAAUUAGAGACAUUCAUUGCUGAGGGAUACAAGCAGGCGCUGUCAGAGGAGCGUCGCAGAUACUGCUUCCUGGUGGAUCGACAAUGUGCUGUCGCCAAAAACAGCAGCGCCUACCAUGGGAAGGGUAAAGACCUUCUGACUCAAAAGAUCCCAGUGUGGCAGCAGGCCUGUUCAGACCCAAACAAACUGCCAGAGAGGGCGAUGCUUCUGGCCCAACAGAUGAGUUCUGGUGCUCUCGGGGGCACAAGUCCUCUGCACACCUCCAAAUCCAACCUGGUGAUCUCAGACCCCAUCCCAGGGGCUCAGCCUCUUCCUAUCCCCCCAGAGCUGGCUGUUUUCAUGGGGAGUGGCCUUGGACACCAAGCGAGGCUGAUGGGACCUGAUGGUAUGUCCAUGGUCAAUGGGACAACAGGAGUCCAUGGUGAGGAAUACUGGACAGAAGGGAGUAAUAUGUCCCAAGUCAGACCUCCAUCCCCUCAAAGUCAGGCACAGAGCCAGUCUCAGCCUCAGAGACAGGUCAGCGAUGUUUAUUCCAACACCCUUCCUGUCCGCAGGCCUGCUCCUGCUAAGAACAAAAACCCAGUGGGAGAAACAAGGACCCUGCCUAGGUCCAGUUCUAUGGCAGCUGGACUUGAGAAGAACGGGCGCUCCCGUGUCCAGGCCAUCUUCUCUCAUGCUGCAGGGGACAACAGCACCCUGCUCAGCUUCUCUGAAGGAGAUGUCAUCACUCUGCUGGUGCCUGAAGCCCGUGAUGGCUGGCACUAUGGAGAGAAUGAGAAAAACAAGAUGCGUGGCUGGUUCCCAUUCUCCUACACACGAGUUCUGCCUGAGAGUGAUGGAGAUAAGCUCAGAGUGAAUUCCAGCCUUCAUCAUGGAAAAAGCAGCAGCACAGGGAACUUGUUGGAGAGCGAUGCAUCGCUGCCCACACCUGACUAUGGCCUGACUGCCCGACUGCUGGCACAGAGCCUAGCCCAGACUCGCCCACGGCCCUACAGCAUGGCAGGCUUCGCUCCGCAGCCUGCCAUUGAGGAUUAUGACAGCCGCUUUGCCACAAGUGACCGCUCAAUAGAGAUCUUCCUCCGGCCCACCUUCACUGACGACCGAUCUGCACCCAUCUACUACUAGCAGCCUGCUGCCCCCCACUGUUCCCACUCAUGGCUACAUAAUAGCCAUCACUGGCAUGCUUUAAUACCACAGGAGAACCAAGAGAUGGGAUUCAGGGGGGAGCUGUAUUGAUAAUCAAGAACUGGGAAUUUAGUUACUUUGCUCAGAAAAUUAAAGAAUUUCCAAUAAAUUUUUCUGAAACUGCUUUUACCUCUACUGAAUGUCUCGGCCUGAACAGUCAGGAAGAAACCGUGGCAGUAGACCGUAUUAUAGUGAAAUCAGUUCUGUUGAAGGUACGGCUAGGAAGUAACUAAUUAUCUGCACUUCUAUUAUAGGAUUAGCUUUUUGUUUUAAUUUUACACUAUACACGACAGAUUUUAUUUGGUAUUAUUUACAUUAUUUAGGAGUGAAGGCUCAGUCUGCAUUACUUUGAGACUGGAGGGUAAACAUGAAAUGUUUGGAAACGAUUCUUCCAGCAUGAAAUUGGUUUGAAUGGAGAAGCACAAGCGGCUCGAAGCAGACGGUUUGUCACGUAACUAUAAAUCCACAUCUGUUAAAUUAUAUAGGAGUUCAUAGGUAAUAGUUGAUGUACAGUAACCCAGAUGUUUAAUGUGGGAACUGUGCCUUUUUGCAUUAUUUUUUAUUCAUAUAUUGGUUUCUGUUCUAUAAAUUGGUUUAAGGGAAUGUGCAGCAGACUUCCACAGGUACUUUUAUGAUCCUGAAAUUAUUGAUGGGAUUGUUUCACCUUUUUGUUUUGUUUAAUUUUCGUUUUAGCUCUUUU